GGGUGUUAGCGAAGCGUUUCGAAUGUCUGUGGGAGGAGAGCUCGACGCAGUCCGAAUCUGUGUGGGAUGGCAGGAGGAGCCGGGGCGGAAAGAGGGGGAGAGGAGGGGUAGACGCCAACGGAUGGAGUGAAGGAGAAGAGAAAGGGAGACGCUGCAUCGUAAAGUGCGUUGUCGAACUUAGCACAGCGAGGUCCAGAAGGCGUGCGGACGGAACGGGACACCGAGACAAAGAACGGAGGAGGGAAGACACAGCGGAAAGGAGCGGCGAACGCGCGAAGCGGCCGAAGCGGAGCUUCUCGCGGGGAGCAUGACGGAGACGCUAGGAGAUGCAGGAGCUGCGCGAGGCGAUCCGAAGCCCCGGCACCGAACCGUUUGACACAGUCCGUCGCGCUCUUCUGAUAACGGAUGCAAUGCCUGCGCCCCGCCUGGCUGCGAAGUAUCGGCAGGAACGCGGCACAGACGUCCGGGGACCGCCGAACACCGUUUGGUAGAGGAGAUAACAUCGCGGGAGUGGGGAAGAGCACCGGUAGAAGCUUUGCGCUUCUGGAGUGGCAUUUUGGUGCUCGGCUAGAGGUUUGAGGCACUGAGAAGUUUCUGGAAGUAAAGUCGUCGCAGUUAUUUGACUUUUGGAGUAAAAGUCAGUGAAUUCUGAGCGCUGCCAGCCAUGUUCCAACUUUCCUAGAGGAGAGGGGACGGAGAAGCGCUCCUGGAUAAACGCCCAUGCAGAGCCGCUGCGCAAGGGGUGCCGAGGACUGAGGAGCGCUGGGCAACCCAGGGUUCGAAUUGUUGGCGGAGGAUGAAGAGAGCCGCAUGAGGCGUUGCCGGAAUUGCAGGUCUUGGUCAUGGCACAAACGAGUCUGCUCCAGGGUAAGCGGUUCUACUGCAGGGAGUGGGUUUUUCACAAGCUCCAGCACUGCCUGCAGGAGAAGACGAGCGCUCUGAGCGGCACCCCCGGCAAGCAGACCGGCGGCGCCUCCCCUGGCGUCGCCUCAGCGAAGGGCUCGACGUGGGGCGUGCUUCUGGUGGGGGGCCCGGGCAGCGGGAAGACGGCUCUGUGCACAGAGCUGCUGUGGCCGAGCUCACCCCAGGGCGCCCAGCGCGGCCUGCACCGCCAGGUUCUGGCCUUCCACUUCUGCCGGGCGGAGGAUGCAGACACGCUGUGCGCCGGCAGCUUCGUGCGCGGCCUGGUGGCUCAGAUUGGCCGCAGCAGCCUGCUCCAGGGCUACGAGGAGAAAGUGCGGGAGCCAGCGGCACGCGGCACGCUGCAGCCCGGGGAGUGCGAGAGGAACCCUGCGGAGGCCUUCAAGAGGUGCAUCCUCUUGCCACUCCUGGCCAUUCCGCCCCCCCAGCAGUCCUUGUUCAUCUUGGUGGACUCAAUCGACGAGGGCUGUCAGGCGGGCGAAGGCGAGCAUCGUGCCGCAGGAAGCUCCCGAACCAUCGCCGAACUCCUGGCCAGCCACCACGAGUUCCUCCCGCCUUGGCUGCUCCUUAUCUGCUCUGCCCGCCGCCAGAACAAGGCAGUCACCAAGCUCUUCACAGGAUUUCGCAAAAUCAGCCUCGAUGACUUGCGGAAGGCAUAUAUUGUCAAGGACGUGCAGCAGUACAUCUUACAUCGUCUGGACCGGGAGGAGGCCCUCAGGCAGCAUCUAACGAAGGAGACGGCCGAGAUGCUGAACCAGCUUCACAUCAAGAGCAGCGGCUGCUUCCUCUAUUUGGAGCGGGUGCUGGACGGGGUCGUGGACAACUUCAUAGUGCUCCGCGAGAUUCGUGACAUUCCCGGCACCCUCAACGGCCUGUACCUGUGGCUGUGCCAGCGACUGUUCGUAAGGAAGCAAUUUGCCAAAGUGCAGCCUAUCCUGAACGUGAUGUUGGCUUCUCGCAGGCCGCUGACUGCCGAGGAGCUUUAUCGUGCUGUGUGGACGAAAAACACAACACUGACCCUGGAGGAGUUUCGGAGGAAGAUGGAAGUGUUGUCAAAGGUGUUGGCGGAUGGCCUGGGCGGCACGAAAAUCCUUUUCCACUACAGCUUUGCCGAGUGGCUGCUGGAUGUCAAGCACUGCACUCAGAAGUAUCUGUGCAACGCGGCAGAAGGGCACAGAAUGAUGGCUAUGAGCUAUACCUGCAGGGCCGAAGAGCUGAAACCACACGAAGUGCGGGAGUUUGCGUCGCAUUUGAUUAACUCUAACUUGCAAAUGGAGGCCCGUGACCUCGCGCUUUGGAUGAUCUGGAAUGGCACGCCAGCCAAAGACUCCUUGGCGACUUCGAUACCUGAAGAACGGGAUGUUCUGCGGCUCCUGGUGAAAGCUGGUGCCCGCGUUGCCGGUGAGGACGACCAUGCAUCCGGCGUAGCAUGGCAGGCUUCGGAGAGGGAGGAUGCACUUUGGAGUGCGCCAGACAACGCCGCCUCCGUGAACCGAAUUGACUCGGAUGGCAGAACUUUGUUGGCGGCUGCCGCGUAUUCUGGAAACGUAGAGGCGGUGGACUCGCUCGUAUCUCGAGGGGCAAACUUGGAGCUGGAGGACGGUAACGGGCAGACGGCGUUGACACUGGCCGCCAGGCAAGGGCACGCUAAAGCAGUGGACCGUCUCAUUGGCUACGGAGCGAACGUGGAUCACGCUGAUCGCGACGGGUGGACAGCGCUGAGGUCGGCUGCCUGGGGAGGUCAUUCAGAAGUGGUGUCCGCCCUCCUGUACGCCGGAGCAAAAGUGGAUUGUGCCGACGCCGACGGCAGGACAGCCCUGAGAGCUGCGGCGUGGGGCGGCCACGAGGACAUCGUACUGGACCUGCUUCGCCACGGGGCUGAAGUGAACAAAGUGGAUGACGAAGGGAGGACUGCGCUCAUUGCAGCGGCUUACAUGGGCCACAGAGAGAUCGUGGAGCACCUGCUGGACCAUGGUGCGGAGGUGAAUCACGAGGACGCAGACGGCAGGACCGCUCUGUCCGUCGCUGCUCUCUGCGUGCCUGCCGGCAAAGGGCACGCUUCAGUAGUGGGCCUUCUCGUGGACCGGGGGGCCGUGGUCGAUCACCGCGACAAGGACAGCGCGACCCCUCUGCUGGUGGCGGCCUACGAAGGACACGCAGACGUGGUAGAUCUGCUGCUGGAAGGCGGAGCAGACGUGGAUCACGCGGACAAUGAUGGCAGGACGCCGCUCUUGGCUGCGGCUUCGAUGGGCCACACUUCGGUUGUCGAUGCCCUGCUGUUCUGGGGAGCAGCCGUGGACAGCAUCGACAGUGAAGGACGCACCGUGUUGAGCGUAGCCUCGGCUCAGGGCAACGCAGAAGUGGUUAGGACGCUGUUGGACAGAGGGCUGGACGAGAAUCACAGGGAUGACGCCGGCUGGACUCCUUUGCACAUGGCUGCAUUUGAGGGACACCGGCAGGUUUGCGAAGCCCUUGUCGAGCAAGGCGCCCGCCGUACGGAAGUGGAUAACGACGGACGUAUCCCGCUUAUUCUGGCCGCUCAAGAAGGUCACUACGACUGCAUAGAAAUCCUUGUAGAAAAUAAGUCGAGCAUCGAUCAGAGGGGCUAUGAUGGAAGGAACGCACUUCGAGUGGCUUGCUUGGAGGGGCAUGGAGACGUCGCCGAACUUCUCCUCGCCCGCGGUGCGGACGCGAACUUCAAAGAUGCGGACGGGCGUCCGACACUAUACGUGUUGGCACUCGAGAACCGGUCGGCGACGGUGCGGCUUCUGUUAGAAAAUGGGGCCGAUGUGGAGGCAGCUGACGCAGAAGGAAGGACAGCUCUCCACGUUUCUUGCUGGCAGGGACACCUGGAAACGGUGAGGCUUCUGGUGAAGUACGGUGCAGACGUCAACUCUCGCGACAACGAGAAGCGCUCGGCCUUGCAGUCGGCUGCUUGGCAAGGUCACGCGAAAAUAGUGAGGUUCUUGAUCGAAAAUGGGGCAUGCGUGGACCACGCAUGCAACCAAGGGGCAACGGCACUCGGCAUCGCAGCCCAGGAGGGACACGAGGAAGCGGUGCGGAUCUUGCUUGAGAACGGCGCCGACCCAAAUCACGCCGAUCAGUUCGGGCGCACAGCCACGCGGGUGGCCUCGAAAGGGGGGCACGCUCACAUCGUGGAGUUGCUGGAAAAGUACGGAGCCUCAAGCUCGAACGGCUGCGGCCCCUCCCCCGUUCACGCGACGGAAGAGAAGAGCCCUGCGUCAACGGCCAGCGAUCCUCGGGCCCUGGGGCACACGUUGGGCUCUCCGUCCGCAUCUCCCGACUCCACCGUGGACCGUCAGAAGUCGUCGAUGUCCGACAACUCCCUAGAGAGUUCCAAGAACUCCUCCCUGAGGACCACCUCAUCUGCUGCGACUGCCCAGACCGUGCCGAUAGAUAGUUUUCACGGACUCACUUUCACGGAGCAGAUCCGGCAGCACUCCCUGCCUCGCGGUCGAAAUGGACGGUCAAAACCGACAGAAGGGAGUGAAAUGGGAAACGGCGCGUUGGAAGGCCGAGGCAAAGGCGGUUCGGGGGAUAAGUCCAAAAAUGGCAGUCGGUCACGCGGUCCGGAAUAUGAGAUGACUCUGUUUGACGAGCGAAUCGUGGUCGCGGAGCCGCCACCAUCGAAAGACGGUCGCCGUGAGGUCGGGGCUCCGUCCUCGACUCGGCAGGAGCAGGGACGUUCGCGGCGGCGAAGCGGUCCGGAGAAGAAGAGGAACGGCAUCGUGACAAACCCCAAUUACCACCUUCAAGGCAACCGGGCGUUUGUAGGUAGAGCAUCCGUGCCGGCGCGUGACGCGCUCGAAGGAUAUCCAAUCGGCGAGAUGGAAAUAAGCCUUAAAGAAGCCCUCAAGCUGCAAAUUGAAGGAUCGGACCCUGGGUUUAACUACAAGAAGGAAACACCAUUAUAGCCGGUGUGUGCAGUAAUCCAUGGCUGAAGAAUGUCGUCAUCUCUUCGUGAGGUUCACAGGUGGAUGCUGCGAUGGCCUUUGUUAUUUAACUGUGUGCAAUUUGUCCAGAGAGGGUUUGUCAUGGAGUGGUUGGGAUGUGUCAGUAAGUGCCCAGUAUUGUAUUUAUUAUGGAUGGGGCAAGGGGUAGCUGUAUAGAUAGUGUCUGUCUGUCCUGGGCUGUUUGUUUUGUGUUGCUAUGUGUGCCUUUGUACAUGAUGUAAGAUAUGUAUAAUAAAGUGCUUCAUUGGUUUUACUGCAAUGUGGGCGGUGUAGUUUUUGUUGAAGUGCAUCUUGCGAUUUCUGAGGCUCUCUGACUUUAGGUACCUACAGUCCUUCCCAGUUGUCCCU